AUGUCUGAGAAUGAAAAUGACGAGUCAAUAAUAAGUAGUUCUAAAUUAUUAACGAUUCGUAAUGAAACUAAGGAUGAUUAUCUCGAAAGAAUUAGCAAAAAGGGAAUAAUAACGAGCUUCUGUUGGGACGAAUUCGAAAUUAUAGAACGUCUUCAUAUGGGAUGUUCUGGAGAAGUUUUAAAAGCUAAAUGGAAGACAAGGAAUAUUGUAAUUGUUCUAAAAACUGUAGCUGAUUUGGAUGAAGCAGAUUCAGAUAAUCAAAAUUUUAUCAAGAAUAACCAAGAGUUUAAGGAUAACCAAGAAUUUAGUAAAGAGAUUAAAGCUUUUCACGAAAUCGAACAAGUGUUGUUAAAUAAAGAAAAGACAUUACCGAUAGGUUGUAAAAAUGUAAUCAAAUUUUUUGAACAUUACCUAAUAUUAGAAUAUGCAGAGCUUGGUGAUUUACGUUAUUAUUUGAAUCAUAGUAAUUUAGAUUGGGGCCAAAAGGUUGACAUUGCAAGACAGGUUGUUUGCGGCCUAUUUUUUUUGCAUGAAAAUGAAAUUUUACAUCGUGAUUUACAUACAAAAAAUGUGGUUAUUAAAAAUGAUGAAAGUGAUGAAAGUUUCAAGUAUGGUAUUAGAGUUACUAUUACAGACUUUGGGCUUUCAAAGGUUAUCCCUCGUAAUAGUACAUCAAAUCAGUUGAUAGGUGGUUUUUCACUUGAUCUAUUUUCAAUUGAAUUAAUAAGAGGAGAACGGGAAAAACCAAUAGCUGGCUCCAAAGCUUCUUAUGUUGGGCUUUAUACAGAUUGUUGGAAUGGGAAUCCUGAUUUUCGGCCAGAUAUUAAAAAGGUGUACGAAUUAAUCCAUGAAGACGACAUCAUAUCAGGUGACGAAUGGCAGCAGCCAAUAGAAUUACAACAGAAUGAAUUGAAUGAAUCUGUAUACGAUGAAGAUAACGAUAUUGAUAUAACAUAUGAUGAAAAUCUGAUUCAAACAGAAUUACCACAAAUUCUUAUUUCUGAAACCGAAUCUAGCGAGAGUAUGCAUGAUAAUUUAGUAGAUAAGCGUAAGUUGAAUAGACAAGACGAACAGCUAGAUGAACAACUAAUAGAUAGUCGAGAUAGACAGAGGGAAGAUGGCCGAGAUAAACAGAGGGAGAUGCUUGAGAAGUUUAAACUUAUGCUCGAACAAUUUUCUUCCAAAGAACUUGAAAUGAUGAAACGACUUUCUACUAAUAAACCUGAUGAAAUUAUUAAUGUAGUUCAAUCGGUCGCUCACCGGAAAAAAAAUGAAAAAUGUAAAAUGAACAAUAAUUAA